CAGUCGGCACUCAAGCAACCCGGAAAAGAACAACAAAAUAUUGAGAAGAGCGGCGCACUCAAAAAGAGCUCAAUUGCCGGUUAUAACUGUAAAUUGAGAAGCGCGGAACUAUAAAUUGCCAUCUCCGUGAUGAGUAAACCCCAUGCGCUGCGCGGUGUGCUCGCCAAUUUGAUCAGCGAGUCGCAGUAAGUGGAUUGAGUGCACAGGUGGCCAGUCGAUCUAGCCGUUGCUCCUGCACCGCCUCUUUCCCGCCAUUGGCACCAUAGUUUACUGUCAUUUUUUAUCCCACAGAUCGCCCCUAACUCCGGAGAGCAUCAUUCGGGAGUUUCGGGCCACUAGUGAUCGGCGGCUGCCAGCCUGCGAUCUGAUCAAAGUCCUGGUGUCCAUCAGCGAGAAGCGUCCCAACUUCGCAGAGGUGACCAAGGAGAUCUCGCACAUUCUGCAGAAUAAGGAUCCCAUGUACGCACUGCUGGUGUUCGUCGAGCGAUACAGCGAAUGCAAACCAGUCUCCGAGAGCAGCAGUUCCACUAGCCUUUCAGCGAUGGGCUUGCCGCACGGAAACAAGACUUCGGAUGUUAAUUCCGCAGCCGGUUCAGUCCCCACCACAUUGGCAAUCGCAAGCACCUCGACAAUCUUAACCACAUCGCAAAACGUAUCUGGUUCCACCAGGCUUAGCUUGACCCAGUCCCAGGACUUUCCCACCUCGACGCCGGUGAAUUGCAAAAAGGCCACUGAAUCCGACACUACACCCGUAGUCUUUGUCAGGCGCGGCCCAAUGGACCGUAACCGUGGAGCGGGCAAGGAUGAGCGCAACGACUUAAGUGUGAUCAAGGAACGUGUGCUUAAUGCCGUUUCCGAUCAAUCCUUGAGCGGCUACCGCUCGGUGACCAACAAAACGGGCAACAGCCCAAAGUCAAUGCCGAAUGACCUGGUGACGCUAACUGAUGUGCCCGAUGAGUACCGCACCCAUUUACUGUGGGAAUACUACAAGGUGGACGGGGACAAGGUGCCGAGGGCAGAGAUCGCGGCAAUGCCGCUUCUCAGCCAGGAGAGUAUGCUGCUCGACGAGCUGCUGCACUGCCUCACGGGCAUAAGAGAAAGCCUCCUGGUGCCUCAGAAGCCAAUUAUUUCUGCCGUUGGCCUGGCCAAAUACGACACGGACUUUGACAUACACACGCACCUCGAUCGCUCGCUGACACACCAGGUGCGGGAAAUCUUGCCAUUGGCCUCCUACUUCAUGGGCGUGCAGAAGAUAAUCGCGGCUACCGACGGCCUGGGUCAGGUGAUGAACUCAUUGAAUGAGGCACUGCAGGAACUUACACACGACUUCUAUCUGAUAAUCGUACAAGCCGAACAGGAGCUGCGCCACAAUAGAUUAACAUUGCAGAAACUACUGUACUACCUGCAGCCGACGAUGUGGGUGAUGCAUGAGGUCUGGUCCUCGUUGGUGAUCAUUCAGCUAAGCGAUUCACGGGAUGCCGAAGUGUUGACGUAUUUACACGAGCGGAUCAAGCGGCUGGAAGGCAACAAAGAUGCACAACAGCUGAUUAUCGGACUGGUGCGCAAGGCGGCCAAGCCGUACAUGCGAAUGCUGCAGAUGUGGAUCCAGAAGGGCGUGAUCGUGGACCGCCACCGGGAAUUUCUCGUAGUGGACAACGAAGUGAUCCAUCGCGACGAGCUGCCCGAGCACUAUUCCGACGAUUAUUGGGAGAGACGGUAUACCUUGCGCGACGAACAAAUACCAUCGUUUCUGGCAAAGUAUUCGGAUAAGAUCCUGCGCACCGGCAAGUAUCUCAAUGUGAUCAGACAGUGUGGCAAGCGCGUAAUGCCCACGCAAGAGAUGAACCUAGAGUUCGACCCGACCAGCGAGCGGCACGUGUCCGUCAUCAACGACGCUUACUACUUUGCCGCCCGCAUGCUGCUGGAUGUGCUGCUAACGGAGAACGACCUGAUGGGUCACCUACAGUCGGUGAAGCGUUACUUGCUGCUCAACCAAGGCGACUUCACCAUGCAGUUCAUGGACGCCUGCGAGGACGAGCUGACGAAGAACGUGGACCACGUGUUGCCCAUGACGCUAGAGAACCUGCUGGGACUAACGCUUCGCAUUUCCUCGGCGCGUAAUGAUCCCUACAAAGACGAUCUGCACUGCGAGCUGCUGCCCUACGACCUGGUCACGCAAAUGUCCAAGAUCAUGAAGAAGGAGGAGAACUGGCAGGCACAGCCUCGCCUCGAUCUUAGCGGCCUCGAGUGCUUCGCUUUCACCUACGAGGUGAAGUGGCCCUGCUCUUUGGUGCUGAAUCACAUUUCCAUCUCCAAGUACCAAAUGCUCUUUCGACAGCUCUUCUACUGCAAGCACGUGGAGCGCCAACUGUGCAAGAUUUGGAAGGAAAACUCGAUUGCCAGGCAGUUCGAGCCGCAGGCGGCUAGUCUCUAUCGAGCGGCGUUCACUCUGCGCCAGCGUAUGAUGAAUGCCAUCCAGAACCUGGAGUACUACAUGAUGAUCGAGAUCAUCGAGCCCAACUGGCACAUUUUCAUUGAAAAGAUGAAGACGGUGGAGAACGUGGAUAACGUUCUGCGUCUCCACCAGGACUUCCUCGACUCGUGCCUUAAGAACUGCAUGCUGACCGAGUCGUCGCAUCUGAAUCGUUCGAUCUUCAAGCUCUGCAAGAUCUGCCUGAAGUACUGCGAGUUCAUCCAGAUUGAGACCCCGUUGGAUCCGACAGAUACGUUUUCGGAGCGGGUUAGGCGCUUUGAUCUGGAAUUUACCCAACUGCUGAUAUCGUUCCUCAAGCAGAUCAACAGCAUGGCGAAGAAGAACACCGCCGAUUGCUUCAUGAAUCUGGUGCACCGCAUCAACUUCAAUGCCUUCUACACCGAUCAAAUGGACAAGAUGUGUGUAGAGGAUGCCAUUGGCUAAGCCAGCACGUCUAGAGGAAAGGAUGUGGAUGUGGAUGUGGAUGUGGACGUGGAAACGGAAACGGAAAAGACAAGAACAAAGUAUUAGAUAAAUGAAUUUCAUAAUCACAAGCGCACAUUUACCAUCAUUCCCCACGCAUGUCUUCUCAUUUGCCAUCCAACAAAGCGCACCAAUUGUUACCCGUUUAGUUAUACAAAUUCGAAUAUGUAUGAACCAAUAAACCAAUUAAAAUGUCCUUCGCUGCUGCCGUUUGCGUUCACACAACUGCAAUUUACGGCACUGGACACGAUUUUCGAUUGCAACGUAAGCCAGUGGCGUAGAUUGCAGAUUGUGCCGCCAACCAAGAUAUUGUACUUCGUCGUCAACCAGGUCAUCCGCGAUAAGCUUGGCCACUCUGUUUAGAAAUGCACAAAUAUCCUAGGUAGCUCUCACCACUGGUUUAUACAUCGAAUCAGAAUGAUAGCUGAGAUCUUGGUUUCCAGGAUGUUCAUCAUCGUUUGCUCCUGCUACGGGGUUUGCGGUUUUCCCCCAUCCUGAAGCCUUUCAUAUACGAAGCUUAUGUCGUUGGUAUUUGGCCAGUUCUUAAUUUAAGCUAGCCACUUGGAUUUUUGGAGUGGAAGCAAAUGCAAGCAAGAAACCAUCCAGAAUUUUAACCAAAUUUGAUGUUAGUAAACUCGUGAUGGGCAUCAAUGUGGUAGCUACGCUGUAAAGUAGGCAACAAAUAUAUUGUUCCCUGCGAAGAGAGCAUUAUUUUACUAAAGAUCAGUAUGAGAACGAAGAACUAUUGUUAAGUAUGAUAAAGAGUGCAAGAACAUCUAUAAAUAUUAUGUGCAUGUAUAUAUGUGUAUUCAAUGGUUUAAUAUACAUAUGUAUGUAUAUUGCGAAUUUAGUAUGCCCUGAUUUAGUUUCAAGUUCGCACUGCGAUUAAGCAUGAACUCGAAAUCUGAGCUCUAAAAUAUUAUUGACUGCUUUUAAGUAUAAAGUAUAUGCUAUAUAUAAUCUGGCAUAAAUAACAAGUUGUGCUGCAUUCGCUUUAAUCGCAUUUUUCUCAGCGCCCAUUUCCCUUAGUCGCAAUAUGGCGAGUGGAAUUUUCCUGGUUUUUCAUCGUUGUCCGAUGGUUUCUCCGCUUUGGAGCCACCGACUGUCCAGGAGCACACAUGGCAUAAAUAUACAUAUAUGUAUAUAUAUGUACAUACAUAUGUACGAGCCGAUACACACCCACAAAAGCCAAUUUCUAGGCAUUUGUAUGUGGGUGCAAGUGACCACCCCCCCCCCCCCCCCAUCAACCACUUUUGUACAUACAUAUAUAUGCAUAUAGAUGUAUAUACAUACAUACAUACCCUGCUAUAUGUAUCAUCUGCAAAUAUUGGAGUAUAUAAAUAUGCAGUCGCCAGUGGAUGUGGGUUCGUUUGUAUGUUCGCCAUUAGCCGUCAUCAAUGUCCAACGGUCAUCUCUAUAACAUCUCCGUCACUCCACCACCCAUCACCCACCAUCCAGGCUCCCAAACUCCCAGCACCCGGAUAGACCACCCUACGCCCACAACUCCACAAGCAAUUGGCAAUUUAAGCUCGCAUGAAUUAUCGACAAUCAAUUAUGGUUUUUGGCCAUGUCGCUCUCCGGGCUCCAUCCUCGUCUAUCCUUUUCCUGCGAAUGGUCUCGGCAAUCGGACUACUGGACUGCUGGACAUUUGGCCAGCCGGAUAGCCAGAUAGCCAGAUAGCCAGAUAGCCAGAUGGCCAGAUGGCCAGUGCCACAUAGCCAUAUAUAUGUAUGCCCAUCGACUGUGUGCGAUUGUGCGCGCCUAUAUAUGUAUGUAUGUUAAUUAAUCAAAAGCCCAUCUAUCCAUCGAUUCGGCAUUUACAGACAUAUGCAAAUGAAAGGCGCACAAGCAGCUCAUUAAUGUGCGCAGAAAAGCCCCCAAUAACAAAUUCGCUAAUAACAAUAAUAACGGUGACGAAACAUGUCGCUUUAAAAACAAAGCCUCCACUCGCAUUGCAUUUUCCCCAAAAAUCAUCGAAGUCAACUUUUUCCAUUCGACCAUGUGAAUAAACUAUCUCAUUAUCUUUAACUCCUUUUAGUGAUAGUCGUCGCAUUCGACGAACACUCUCCCGGUGCGCUUCGUCACUACGUGGAUAGACGUUUCGUUU